AUGGAAGAGAAAAGAAUUUAUUACAAGAUCCCUCUCAAAAGAGUUAAAGCCACUACUACUACUGAAAAGGGAGGUAGUAAUCUACAUAUUGUUGGUAUUAUAGAUGCUUCAGGCUCUAUGAGUUCUUGGUGGAAAUGGAUUGCUGAAUUUUGGAAUUCAGAAUCAAUUCCUAAGGAAAACUUACACACAAUUACAUUUGAUGGUACUGCUCGUCACUGCUAAUCAAAUGUUUUGAGUACUAGAAUUCAUGAUCAUGGUGGUGGUAUGACUGCUAUUCCUGAAGCUUUCAAGAUGUUUGAAACUGUCUUAGACUCAAUCCCUGUUAAUGAGAGUGUUACUGCAAUCUUCAUUUCUGAUGGUCAAGACAAUAACCUCAACACUUUAGAAGAGAGAAUGAAGAAGCUAAAGGGCAAUCAUGAGAACAGAAAGAUUAACUUCAUCUGUCUUGGUAUUGAAAGUGGAUUCCCUACUUUCUUGAGUAUGAGAUUACGUUAACUCUAUCAUUAGGGUGAUGAAAAUAUUCCAGCUUUAUAUUUGAUUGAAUACGUAUCUGAAAAGGCCUUUUUCAACAAAUUUGAAGGAAUGAAAAAUUACUUCUACUCUGCUGGUGCUAUUAAUUUAGACCCUCCUGUCAUGAUCUAUCCUUGGGAUGAAACUGUCGUUGCUUCAGCCUAUGAAGGUAGUUGGGUCAUUGUCAAGGGAGAUGAACUCACUUUAGACGAUUCUGAAACUAUCAAGGUUGAAAAAACGGAAUUAAGUGUAGAAGAUGCUGUUGAAAUAUUUAGAGGUUGGAUUCAAAAAUUAUAAAUUUUGUCCUUAAAUGACCCUGCAUCUGCUAAAUCAAGUGCUGUAAUUGCAGUUAGGGAAAUGCAAAUUGUUAUUGACCAACUAAAUAAGACUUAUGGCUUAGAAGAUAUUAGACAAGUAACUGAAGAUUUAAUUAAUGCUACUCCAAACUUCGGUUUGAGAGCUAAGUAUAACUUCAUUUGGCGUUACGGAUCAAAGAUUGGAUGGUUCUUCACUGAAGUUGACAAUUUGGCUAAGGGUGUCUCAGCCAAGCAAUCUUCCGAAUUUGAAGCUGCCAAGCGUAUGAACAUAGGUACAAUUACUGGUAAGCACUAGUAGAAGGCUUUGGCAUUAAAGAAUAUCACCUAAUCAGAAUUUAACAAAAUAAAGGAAGAAUUUAUUGCUACUCUUCAAACUUAAAAGAAGCAUGCUGCAGAGCAAUUAAGUUUGUUGGAAAAAUUGAAAGAAAAAUCAUUGAAGCCUUAUGAAGAAGGAGCAAUUUCAAUUGCUAAGAUGUUGGCUAAUGUUGAUGAUUUUAUUCAAGGCCUAAACUACUGCAAAAAUCAAUAUGAUCUUUGUGAAACUUUACCUCUAUUUGGAUUGGCUUGUAAGGUAAAGAGAAAUGAAGGAUUUGAAAGCAACCCUCGUCUUGUUGAUUUCAAGAGUAUCUACAUCAAUAACUAGUUAGAUGUUUCUGCCUUAACUAACUAGUUUUGGAAUAUUCCCACAGACAUUAAUGGAGAUAAAGUAGAAUUAAAUGGAAUCUUACCCUUGUUUAGAAGAGAACAAGCUGCUUUCUUACGUCCUCUCUUGAGAACUCGCUUGAUGAAGUUCAUAAAUACCUACUUGCUCACAUGCAAUUUCGAUCUUUUGGAAGAAAAUGCUUACUUGAAUGCCCUUUCUUCUGCCUUAAUUGUUGCCUAUCAACCUCAAAAUCUUUCUAUUAGAUCAGUUGUUACUGAUUUAAUCUUUGAAUCUCUUGAAGUUUAUUAUGAUGAGGAUAAGAAAUUCCAAAAUGUUCAAGAUGAACUAAGUGCUGAUCCUAAUAAGGUUGUUUUGGAUUAUAAGGAUAAUAUUGAUGAACUAUUCUUGUACAUCUUCUUCGCCUAAAGAAGCAAGAGAAUGGACAGUGAUCAAUUAGAAGAUAUUAUGAAUAAGGUUAAGGUUCUUUUCUUCUCAUCCGCUGUAGCCAAGCAUGGUCUCUACAGUAUUAUAAAGCCUGACUUCGAAUCUAUUGGUAUGGAUGCUGUUGAAGAGUAAUUGAAAAAGUAAGUUAACUCCUUCUUCUCUCUUUCUGAUUUCAGAAAGGGAUUUAGCACUUGCUUUACCGACUUUGCUAAGAAGGCCGCUUCUUAGAAGUUACACAUCUCCAAGAAAUUGAUAUAUGAUGACGAAAUUUCUAAAGUACCUCUUCGUUUGAUUGAGGCCCUUUUAGAUGACUAUCAAAAGAGUAAAAUAGAGGUUACAUAGAUGGAAGUAGAAAAAUCUUCAAGUUCUGGAAAGAUGAUGGAAGAGCCAAAGGAUGGUGAAGAAUCAGCUGAAAGAAAGGCUCUCUAUGUAGACUACAUAUACUUAGCCAGCCAUGUUCACAAAUAUCCAUUGAAUGAAGCUUUCUCUAAUCCUGUCGAGAAGGAUCUCGAAAGUAUCAAAUAGCAAGUUAUAGCUUCUGUUGAUGAGGCAUCUAUCAAGAAGAUCAAAGGUUUUAACGAACUAUUCAAUAAGGUAGAAGAGCAUUAUGUUAAAGUAUUCAUAGAAUAGCAUUGGAAUGUUCAACCCAUCAAUAAAGAAUAGCUCAUCAAAUACUGUGAGGAAAAGGAAGUUGUUUUUGAUACACUCCAAUUCGAUGAAGCUUCUUUGUUAUGCAAGAAUGCUUGUAUGAGUCCAUUAUGUCCAUUCUUCUUGAAGACAUCUGAAAAAUUCAAUAGACAUCUUGGUGGUUGGUAAGGUAAGUUACCUCUUGGUUUCCACAGAUUUGUUAAAGCCAGAGCAAAUCAAACAGUGGAUAAACUCUAUCAAUAGGCCACAACUAAAUGGAAAGGUUUCCCUGCUAAGUUUAAUGUAACACCUGAAUUUGCUAAAGAUUAUAUUUCAAAAACCCUCUCAAGUUACGUUGCUAAGUGA